UCUGAGCUGUUUGUAUUCGCUGGGAGUGAGCAUGCACCUGUAUCUUUCAGGAACGCACUGGUCUCUCUCAUUCCAACUGCUUGUUAGUGAGUGCUGUCAUGUCAGCGGCUCGUGCAGCAGAUCAGCAGGAGGGAGGCAGAACUGGACCGGGCAGUCUCAAAAAUAACAAAUACUCAGAGCAAAGGAAUUGUGUUUGGAGAGUUUCUGCCUCCAUUUUGAGACAAAAGAGAUCUGAGCAGCAAACUUGCCUUGCCGGGGAUGAAGGACUGACAACAAGCAACCUCUUUUGUGGAAGAGGGUUCCUGUGGGAACUUCUGUUGAGGAUGGAAUGGGCGACCAUGUUUGCCGACGGUUUCUUAAUUUAUGCGAAAGCGCUGGCCUACACUACCUCUCAAGCCUGACUCCAUCUGAUUCCAGAGGACGUCUGACCAUCAGAUUCAGCCUGUGCCCCACUGGACACACUUCUGCUGACUGUGAUGCCUUCCUCCAAGAGCUCCGAUCACUGGACUUUAUCAGAGUUACUCGGGCAGAGGAGGCUGUUAGGCCUCGGAGCUCUCCUGGCAUGGCUCGUCCUCUUCCACCUCCUCGUCAACGUUUGGCUGCUCUGCAUCUUCACCAGUCUCUUAGUGGUUCUCGGGGGUUGGCUCGGGUCUCGCGCUGUGCUGGAUGCAAACAGCCUCCUCCACCUGGAGCAUUUCUUGCCUCUUGGCGCCCUAAACCCACCGCUGUGUUCACCCGAGCACGAGUGGAGGUUGAACCACGAGAUCGACAGUGCCGUCCACAAAGCGGUGCGUGACUUUGUGUCCUCGUGGUAUCGUACUCUGCUGCCAGAGGUGGAGGGGGAGUUUGAGCGUGCUGUGCGUAAUUCAAUGUUGGAGUCAGUGAUGGAGCUGAAAGAGCGUGCAAGGCGAUUGGACAGGAAGGCGCUGGUCCAACGGCUGCUGGAGCUGUACGGCUGUCACCUGCAGAGCUACAUGACGGCACGGCAGAUACAGUCAACGCACAGGGAGGUGUUCAGCCUGUGGCAGCUUUACAGUGAAGUAGAUGCUCCUCACCCAGCUGUGAGCAGUGAAGCCGUUGAGCUCAGGUACUCCAGAGCUCUGGUUAACCUCGUCUUACAUGUUCUUGUUCCGUACCCUCAGAUGGAGACCAGGACCGGAGGUUACAUGGUUACAGAACUCAUCACCUACAAUGUUCUGUUGCCGCUCAUUAACAGAGUGUCGGAUCCUGACUGGCUGAAUCAAACCAUUGUAGAUAUAAUCACCAGGUCAAGAGAACCACACGAUGACCUCCCGACAGCUGCACUGUACAAAUGUCUAAUCCAGCAGGACUCCUGGACCACCUGCAGGUCACUGUCUUCUUCUGAACAAGCAGGUCUCUCCAGCAUAAGCUCGUCAGAGCUUGAAGAUCAACAGAGCCUCAGUCUGAUCAAUGAUCAGGACUCCUCACAGAGCAGCCUGGUCAGCCAGACAUCUAUGGACAAAUUAGAAAGUUGUAACGCAGGUUUACUCACACCAUGCAAAGUGAGCUGCUGUACUCUCCCCUCUGCUCAUUACUCCCAGUCGUCCGAGUCCAAAAUGAUUUCACUGGAGUCUCUGAUUCAGUCUGACUCAGGAGAGGACUUGACAGGAGGCUUUUUUGACUGUGGUCCUCCAACAAACUUCUGCAGCUUGAGCCCCUUGAGGGACGACGAGGCCUUUGGCUGCUUUGGACAUCUGAAAAAUCUUGGGCCGAAGGUGGUUGUGCCUGAGGACUCCCAGUGGCCGGCGGGUAUAGCCCAAGAGAAAUCCCCGUCUUGUUCUCCGAAAAGACUUAACUCCUUUAACUUUGAUUCGCCUAACAACCAAGCUGCACCUGUACAGGUCCAGAAUGUACAUAUUUCUGGUACAGUCGCAGCAAAGGAGCUGCGUGGCACAAGCGCACAUCCCUAUACUCUCUACACUGUGAAGUUUGAGACAUUGGCUGAAGCAGAAUGCGGUGCGUCUCUGCAGUCUGCGGCCUCUCACACUGUCAACCGCAGAUACAGCGAGUUCCUCAACUUGCAGACACGUUUGGAGGAGAAGCCUGAAGUCAAGAAAUUAAUCAAGAAUGUCAAAGGCCCAAAGAAAAUGUUCCCUGACCUUUCGUUUGGAAAUGCAGACAGCGAGAGGGUCGAGGCCCGUAAAAGCCAACUGGAUACGUUCCUCAGGCAACUGAACAACAUUCCUGAGACAGCCAACAGUGAGGACAUGCAGGAGUUCCUGGCUGUCAACACAGAUGUUUGCACAUAUUUUGGGAGGAAACCUUUUGCCAAGUCCAGAAUUGACAAGAUGAUGGAAAAUGCUCUAGACACGUUGAAGACAGCGUUUCCUUAUCCUGAGUCCCUCAGUCCAACAGAGGAGUUUGAGGGAGACUCUGAUGUAAGAACACUGGACAACAGAAAGUCCAGGAGAUCUAUGUUCCAGAGCAAAAUUUCCCCAUCGCUCAACAUCCCUGACCUACACCCGAAAGUGACAUACUGCUUUAGUGAAGGCAGCCCUGUCCUGAAUGGUAUGACGCUGUCGGGUCUGGAGAACUUUGUCACAGAGCAGGAAAGACUGUUAUGUGGGCAGCAUGAGAAAGAGGCAGCCAGACAGAGCAGUGGGCAGCCUGACAAAGACAGGAGGACUUCAGGGAAAAGUCACGGGACAGACACAGCUGUCGCAGAUGUUGUUUUGAACAUCCUGUGUCUGCUGAUGAAGGACCAGUGGAGUUGGCUGUGCACUGAGAACAUUCAGAAGACCAUCAGACUGCUCUUUGGCACCUUCAUUGAGAGAUGGUUGGAUGUAGGAGUUGCCCACCUUACCAGCGCCCCCUGCUGGGUGAUUUACCUGCAAGUGUUGCAGGAAGCUGUGUGGCCAGGGGGCACAUUACCUGCUCAACCCCGGCCUGAGCGCAGCGCUGCAGAAAGAGAAGAGACUAAGGAGCAAUGUCUGGCCUGUCUCGUGCAGCUGAUCCCAGAGCUCAUCACUGACAUGCUGGGCAAUGAGAAGUUCACACUGAGCCUGGAGACCAUGCUGGAAUCUUUACAGGACCAUCAGAUAAACAAGCAUCUGAUCUACUGCGUCUGUGACCUUCUGCUGGAGUUCCUGGUCCCUGAGUCGUGUGACGAGGCCUUCCAGAGGUCUCUGCUGCAGAGCUUGACCAAAGACACGGAGAGGGACAGUCCUCACUGA